AUCAAAUAUGUAAAAUAACUUAUCCAAACCACCUGGGAAAGAAAAAAGAAUGAGAGCUAAACAGUGAUCUUUUUUUUUUUCUUCUUCUUCUUCAUUUUGUGUGUAGCUAAAUUUGGAAUGAUGAGUAGGCCCGUAAGAAAAUUAACAAAAUGCAAUGAUUAACCACCAAAACCCCACCAGCCCACCAGAAAAGGAAUAGGGACAUGAGGCCGCAAAUCCCCACGUGUUAUUUCCUCUAUAUACUCAGUCUCUCGCUCCCUCCCUCCCUCGCUCUCGUCCAGUCUUCCUCUAUUUAUCAUAGUCCAUAAAACCGUACCGGAUAUCGUAUCGGGAAAGUCAACAGUAGGGUAUUUUAUGGUAAAAUCAUGGUUUAACCGUAGUUCAACCGUUAGAUCGUUAAAUACCGCCUACCGAUUUAGCCUUCAAUACUGGUAUUUCGUAGUUGAACCGCCGGUACGAUACGAUUUCAUGGAUUAGGCUAUUUAUAUGACGUCCGAAAAAUAUAGCCCUCGUUUCAUCAAGCUUCAUCGAUCGGGGUCCUGACCUGACACGUGUCCGCUGAAUCUACACUCCAUCUGACUUCCUUCGAUAAAAACACGCUUUGACCUUCUCCAUCAUCAACCAUCGGUCAACUUACCCCACCCCUCUCUCUGACUUCUCCACGUAUAUAUAUAUAGCGCAGUACUCACUCCCUUCCACUCUCCAUACCAUCAAACCACUCUUCGAAGCAUCCAAAAGCAAUCACCAAGCAUCUCCAGCUCAAUCUAACUACCCCCCCCCAAAAAAAAAAACAAUGGCGUCGACGGAGCCGCCGGCACCACAACAAUACCAGCAAUCGUCAUCGGAGUACUACAACGAGCCUGAGCCGGAGCCCAAGUACAAAGGCGUGAGGAAGCGGAAGUGGGGGAAGUGGGUCUCCGAGAUCCGCCUCCCCAACAGCCGGGAGCGGAUAUGGCUCGGCUCCUACACCUCCCCGGAAAAAGCGGCCCGCGCAUUCGACGCCGCCCUCUUCUGCCUCCGCGGGCCCGCCGCCCGCUUCAACUUCCCCGACGACCCCCCGACGCCAGCCCUCCUCGGCUCCGACUCGGGCCGGGCUCGGUCGCUCGGCCCGCAGGAGAUCCAGGCCCUGGCGGUCCGGUACGCCAAUAAUUACAACCAUGCCACUACGCAAGGAACAAGAGGAGGAGGAGAAGAAGAAGCCACUAGAACAACAACAUUAUCGCCACGUGCGGGAAAUGGCGGGGGGCCCUACUGCUACUCCAAUGCGGGGUCGGAUGAGGAUGGGCCCGCACGUGUCGCCGCCGCCACCAGCAGCAGUGAUACGACGAUAGAUUGGUCGUUUUUGGGAAUACUGGAUUCCCGCGAACAAGGAGCUGCCGCCGCCGGUAGUGCUGCGACGUCGGAUCACCAUUUUGAGCUGUUCUCCGGGAUGGACAAUAUGAGCAUGAGUGUGGAUAUGAAUAUGGGCGGCGGGGAUUAUUACCACGACCCGCACCACAUGGUUUUGGAUGGUAAUAAUGACGUCAUUAAUGGGGAUUAUUACUACCACCAUCACGACGACGAGGCGGUCGGGUACGACGUCGACGGGGGUUAUUCGCAGUCCUCGUUUCUGUGGAACUUCUGAUCAUUUUGAGGUCGAUUAUUUUAUUGUGUUUUUUCUUGGGCCGCCUAUUUUAGACCAAGGAAAAUGGAAGAGGGGAGGGAAGCAGCAUGAGAAGAUUGUCCGUCGGAAAUUCGGCUAAUUUAUCUGUGCUGGUUUCUGAUGAAAUUUUGUUUUUCUUCUCGUUCGUCGUCAUUGCUAUACAGCAGAUAGGUAUACCCAGGGGAUUCCAUUAAUGAAAUAUUGUUCAUGGCUAAAUUAGGUCACAUUUGUACUAUCUCACUUUAUAUCCCGUGUCACUGUCUAUACUAUCUCACUUUAGUAUAUUAUUACGUGACAAUUAAAAAUAAUAAUUUUUUAUUUUCCAACUCACAGCACCUCCACUCUUCAUUCCGAUGUUGUCAUAGCUAGUUGACCUAGUCGAACAAGUGGGUUGAGGGUUACCGUCUUACCGGUUCAAUCGUUUUAGCUCCCUUUAAUCCGCGGAUAUAUGAAAAAAGUCAUUAUAUUGUUUACACAUUUAUAAAUUAUGUCGAAUCACAUCUGGCAUAUAAGUAUUAACAUAUAAAUUACACAAAAAUAACAAUGUGUAUACGUACUUGGAUCCAUCGUAUAGUAAAAAUACACGUUUAUAUAACAUCAAUGUUCAAUUUAGAAUUUCAAAGAUCCUAGGAAAACCGAAAAUAAAGGCAAUUCACAAACUAAAUAGAAAAACGACACGGUGUGACGUCCAACCCGGCAACUUUGAAACAGUUUCACCCGAUGAGCGUGUAUGACCAUUUUUUCAACGAAUCUGCGUCAAAAUGGGUCAACCGACGGUUGACAACCUUCUUUUUUUCUCACCCUCCACCCGGGAAGAAGAAAAAAACAUUAUCAGCCCGAAAACAAUCAUUUAACAGUACUGGAAUGAGGAAUUAGCAGCAAAACACACAGCCACACACCAUUAUAUUAAAUGAAUGGCUAACAUUUAAGAAUAGCUCAAUAAACGGCUAAAAUCCACACACACAAAAAAACCCCUCUAUUAUCAACUUUCAACAAAAAUUAUGAGGUGUGUGAUGUUCAACUAAGGCAGUUGUUUCUUUUCUUUAACCUCUUCUUGUCGCCAGUGUAAUAUCAUGCGUCUCCUCCUGGACGUCAAAUCACCAUCAGAACCGACAAGAGUUCGAUUGAAAUCAACCGGACUCCAAAUUCAACCACAAUUCCGACACCCACUAGCAUCCGCCGCACCAAUCUUCUUCAUCUUUCCUACUCUCGACCUCAAGGAAUGGGAUCGUAACCUUUACCUAUCAGGAGACAUGAAGGGAAAGUGGUGUCAAUCGGGCGGGUUUGAGUUGGGUUCAAUUGGGUUACGGGUUAGUCGAGUUUAGUGUGCACCGGAUUGUAGGUUAGUCGGGUUUAGGUUUAAAUCGGGUUGUGUGUUAGUCGGGUUACGGGUUCAUUGUGUUACGAGUCAGUCUGGUUAUAGGUUCAUUGGGUUUCUGGUCCAUCGAAUUAUCGGUUGAUCAAAAUCUAGGUCUUAAUUCUCUAAAUCUUACAACCCAAGAUCAAUUUAAUUAGAAACAAUAAUCGACGGUUAUGAUUCGUCCAAAUAUAGGCAAAAAAAUCAAUGCACCAUCUUAGGGUUUGUAGUUUAUGAUUUAGAUAAUUAGGACCUAGGGUUCACUCAUUAAGGGUUAGGGUAUAGUAUCAUGUCCAAAAAUCCUGCUAAUUCGAGGUCUAGAUAGCGUUUUCAUACUCAAGGUAUGUGGUACUCCGGAUUUCACCCGGGGUACCGUAGAAGGCUAGCGUACGUCCGGACGUACCCUAGCCUACCGUACGCCCGUUGAGUUUUGCUAUCUAGAAAAUGAAUUAACCGGAGUUUG